GAUUAAAAACCCUAGUUUGUCACUCUUCAUAUCGUACGUCUCCACUCGCACGCCGCCGGCCUUCUCUUGCUUCAUCUUCCCUUUUCAUCGACUGUUGAAGACGACGUCCAUGGCGACAAAGGUUGCAGCAAACUCCGUCCAGUGUUUUGGACGCAAGAAGACGGCGGUUGCCGUUACUCAUUGCAAGGCUGGAAAGGGCUUGAUCAAGGUUAACGGCGUGCCGAUCGAACUCGUGAAACCUGAGAUCCUCCGCUACAAAGCCUUCGAACCGAUCCUCCUCGCCGGCAUAGAGCGCUUCCGUGGCGUCGACAUGCGCAUCCGUGUCCGUGGAGGCGGUAAGACAUCUCAGAUCUACGCCAUUCGCCAGAGCAUCGCCAAGGCUCUUGUUGCCUACUACCAGAAGUACGUCGAUGAACACUCCAAGAAGGAGGUCAAGGACAUCUUCAUUAGGUAUGAUCGUACACUGUUGGUUGCUGAUCCGCGCCGCUGCGAGCCCAAGAAGUUCGGUGGUCGCGGCGCUCGUGCAAGGUUUCAGAAAUCUUACCGUUAGGUCUACAGUUUGGGGUCUCCUCCAUCUUUGCUUAUUUUUUUCGGGGAUUGCUUUAGAUGUUCAGAGCGCCGUUGAAUGAACUCUGUUAGUGCAACCUUGUUUCAGUUAUUGAACGCAUUAUUUAAUUUGUCUGCAUUAUGCUACUUUCGCUACCAGUUUGUCAAGUUUUGUUAUGUCAUUGAUACUUAUGUUAUUCUAUCUUUGAGAUUGGAUAUACAGGUUACAUGACUUUUUUUAUCUUUUU